UAACCAGCUGCCUCUCCUCUCUCUCCUAGGCUUUCAGCCGCUCUCCUAGUCUCCUACUCUCCUCUCAGCCGUCGCCGUCGCUCUCCACACCGCUCUCCUCUCUCCUCCGAGCCGCAGCUCUUCUCUCUCCCUCUCCCCUGCGUGCCGCCACUGCGGGCACCCUGCACGCCGCCGCUGCGUGGCCCUACACGCCACCGCUACGGGUGCCCUACGCGCCGCCGUCACUGCUCCAGCUCUCCUCUGUUUCCCAGCCAAUGCCGCCGCUCUAACUCCCCAAGGCAUCGCCCCGACGACGGCUCAACGAAGCCCCGUCGACGCCUCGCGGACGCCCUGCGCCGCAGCGGGCGCUUUACGCUCCAUGGCAAGGCGCGUUAGAUGCCUCAGGUUCCACAGGCGCCUUAGCGCCUAAGCGACGCUAAGGCGGCGCUUCAGAUAAGCAUGCUUUUGAAUAAGAUGUGAAGGAUUAAAGCUCAUGUGAAAGAUUCUAAGACUACAAUUGGUAUCAAGCGGUUGCUUUCUUAUUUCUCAUACGCUCAACCAUGCUCCUGCAUGCUAAGGAUUCAGUUAGGAAGAUGCAUUCAGUUGCUAAGAACUACUUUGUGUCUGAUCUUACUCAUCCUCCAAGAUCCUUGAACAGAGCUUCCAGACAUGUUGUUCCAUUCAAGACCCGUUUCUUUACUCAUUGCUCACUUGAGAGCCGUUCAGUUGACCAAGAGAUUGUGAUUGCUAUGGGAAGCAAUGUAGGCGAUAGAGUCAGUACAUUCAACAGGGCAUUGCAGCUGAUGAAAAGCUCAGACGUGAACAUCACUAGGCAUGCCUGUCUCUAUGAGACCGCCCCUGCUUAUUUGACUGAUCAGCCGCGGUUUCUUAACUCUGCCAUUCGGGGCACAACUAGGCUCAGGCCACAUGAGCUUCUUAAACUGCUAAAGGAAAUUGAGAAGGAUAUUGGCCGCACUGGCGGAAUAAGGUACGGCCCAAGACCUAUCGAUCUAGACAUACUUCUUUAUGGUAACUCCCAGAUCCAUAGUGAGACUCUAAUUGUGCCACAUGAGCGCAUCCAUGAGAGGUCAUUUGUUUUAGCACCUCUUGUUGACCUUCUAGGUGCAUCUAGUGACAACGGUAUCGAAACAAGUUGGCACUCUCUCUCAAAGUGUAGUGGAGGUUUCUUUGAGUUAUGGAAUAACCUUGGGGGUGAAUCUAUAAUUGGAACAGAAAGCAUUAAAAGGGUAUUACCUGUUGGGGAUCGUUUGUUGGAUUGGUGUGAGAGGACUCUUGUCAUGGGGGUCCUUAAUUUGACACCAGACAGCUUUAGUGAUGGAGGUAAGUUUCUAGAAGUGGGAGCUGCCAUUUCUCAGGCUAAGUCAUUAAUCUCAGAAGGUGCAGAUAUCAUUGAUAUUGGUGCUCAAUCUACCAGGCCCUUUGCAAAAAGAUUAUCUCCAAAUGAGGAGCUUGAGAGGUUGGUUCCUGUUCUGGAUGAGAUUACAAAAAUCCCUGAGAUGGAGGGCAAGUUACUCUCAGUGGAUACAUUCUAUGCAGAAGUUGCCAGUGAAGCUGUGAAAAGAGGAGCUCACAUGAUCAACGAUGUAUCCAGUGGACAGCUUGAUCCAAGAAUUCUUAAAGUGGCAGCUGAACUGGGAGUUCCAUAUGUUGCAAUGCACAUGAGGGGAGAUCCGUCAACUAUGCAAAGCGAACAAAAUGUACACUAUGAUAAUGUCUGCAAGGAAGUUGCUUUGGAGCUAUACACACAGGUGAGAGAAGCAGAGUUAUCUGGGAUUCCAUUGUGGAGGCUGGUUCUUGAUCCUGGCAUUGGCUUCUCCAAGAAAUCUGGACAUAACCUUGAAGUAAUUAUGGGAUUGGAAUCCAUUAGGAGGGAGAUGGGUAAAAUGAGUAUAGGUGCUUCACAUGUGCCAAUAUUACUGGGACCUUCAAGGAAAAGCUUUUUGGGUGAAAUAUGCAAUCGUGCCAAUCCAGUUGAGAGAGAUGUUGCUACUGUUGCAGCCGUGACAGCUGGGAUUUUGAAUGGUGCUAACAUUGUAAGAAUCCAUAAUGCUGGAUAUGGUGUAGACGCUGCAAAGGUUUGUGAUGCAUUGCGUAAGCGUAAGGGAAGUUGCAGAAACUGAACUAUCUGAUCAAACUGAUACCACGCUCCAGUUUUAUACAAGAAAAAGGUGAUGUCGAAAAAUGUGAUUUGUGAAGUAUCGUUGUUGUAAUGAACCAGAGAUAAUGCUUUUUCUUGUGUCACCAAGGAAUAAAGUCAAGAAGCUGCGACUCAAGUUGCAUUGGUCC